AUGCCGGAGAUAGAGAACAAGCUGAAGGAACUUGGCUACGAGCUGCCGCCGCCCCGGGCACCAGGCGCCGGCAACAUUGUCCCCUUUGUGAGGACCGGCAACCUGGUCUACCUGUCGGGCACCGGCCCGGGUCUGCCCGGCGGCGGUCUGCUGCACGUGGGCAAACUGGGCGGAGAGGUGACGGUAGAGCAGGGCUACGACUGCGCCCGCCAGACCAUGCUGAACCUGCUCACAAACCUCAAGGCGGCUAUCGGCGACCUGGACAAGGUCAGCAGGAUCGUCAAGCUGCUGGCCAUGGUCAACUCCACGCCCGACUUUGGCGACACGCCGCUGGUCGCCAAUGGCGCAUCCGACCUGCUCAUCAACGUCUACGGCGAACGGGGACGACACGCCAGGUCCGCCGUUGGCAUGGCCACACUGCCAGGCGGUAUGCCCAUAGAGAUCGAAAUGAUCGUCGAGGUCGAGGACUAA